UAAACCCUACCUCCGUGGCCGCCACACCUCGACCUCAGGCGAAGAAAGGGCGAAAGCACCAUGUACACGGCGAGGAAGAAGAUCCAGAAGGACAAGGGCCUCGAGCCCUCCGAGUUCGAGGACUCCGUCGCGCAGGCUUUCUUCGACCUGGAGAAUGGCAACCAGGAGCUCAAGAGCGACGUCAAAGACCUCUACAUCAACGCCGCCUUCCAGAUGGAUGUUGCAGGGAACAGGAAGGCCGUGGUCAUCCACGUCCCGUACAGGCUCCGCAAGUCCUUCAGGAAGAUCCACGUCAGGCUCGUCAGGGAGCUCGAGAAGAAGUUCAGCGGCAAGGACGUUGUUAUUGUUGCAACAAGGCGGAUUGUGAGGCCACCCAAAAAAGGUUCUGCUGUUGUUCGCCCUCGUACAAGAACUUUGACUGCUGUUCAUGAUGGUCUUUUGGAGGAUGUUGUUUACCCAGCUGAGAUUGUGGGGAAACGUGUCAGAUAUCGUCUUGAUGGCUCGAAAAUCAUCAAGAUCUUCUUGGACCCAAAGGAACGCAACAACACAGAGUACAAGUUGGAUACCUUCACUUCAGUGUACCGCAGGCUUUGUGGCAAGGAUGUGGUAUACGAGUACCCCGUUGCUGAAACUGCUUGAAGAUCCUUCUUGAUUUGCAUAUUGGCUGGCUCUCUUGUUCAUGUAUUGAAUAUGCAACCGCUUGCUUGAGCUCUUUGUUAUUUGGAUCAUGUACUCAAAAAAUCAAAAUUAUAGCUGUGAUGCUGAACCUAAAUAUUUGCUAGUGAAAAUUGUUGAAUUUUAA